UUUAUUAUCAAUCAUUUGUUUUCCAACAAUCUCUUUUCGUCGUCACACCUUGUUUCAACAGCGAUGAAUCGCAAAAAUGUAACAAAUGCUGCAUUCGGCGUUCUUUUUACGAAACGACUUGCUUUGGAAGAAAAUACUUAUACCUCCGUACGCUUCGAAAUCUAUAGUAUUAAAGUAUACUAUGCGGGAGAAGAAGAAGAAUAUAUAUAUAUAUACACAUAUAUAUGUAGGUAUAUGAUGCAGAAGCCGAAGAACGUCUCGCAAAAUGGUGUCGUUCUAUUCGGGCGCUAUGUGCGGUAUUGCGCCUUCUUUAAAUUUGUUUGCUUGAAUUUGAAUCGACAUUAUGUUAUAGUUGAAAAUGUAAUAGAAUGCUCAUAUUAGAUCAUUUAUAGUUCUUAUAAUAAUUAGUUGUUUAUUAUCUGCGUAAAUCAUAAAACUUUUCUAGAAUUUAUUAUUCCUUUAUUGAAAUUUUAAUAUUUUCAAACCUAAAAUUAUAAACCACUGCGUUUUAUCUGAAAGAAUUUAUUAGUAUAGAGGAAAAUUAAAAAUACAAGCGUUAAAGUGCAUAUAGUGUGCAUCGCGCGAGUGCAUCAAAUGAAGGCUCGUUUUCAAAAACUGAUGUCAGCAAACUGUUGAUAUUCGACUGUCGAUCAGAGAUUCGUAUGGCCAUUGGUCAACCGUGCUCUCCGGGACUGUGCUGCGCCCAAUCAAAUGUCUCUUUACUUACUUCCUGACCUGCAACUCGCUGUGUCCUCGUCUUAUGCACCGACAAUUCGACGAGUUUUCCGAAGCUGUCGUGUGCUAUGUAAGUCUAUACAUACGUUUAUAUAUGUAUAUGUUAGUCUAGCAUUCUGUCAACAUGGCUGGAGAUAAAAUUUGUUGUGCCAGCUACGUUGAAAAUGGUGAAAACAUGACGGAAAAAGACGAGUCGAGCGUUCAUUCAGACAUGGAAGAGGAGGCCAAAGAAAGCCCUGAAUUUGUUAUACAGCCGGAUUAUCCUGAAUUCGAGUUCUCAACAAGUGCUUGCUAUAUUUGCAAUGGUUAUUAUGGGCCGUGUUUUGGAGAACCAGUUUGUGCAACUUGCCAUGCAUUUUUAUUUCCUGACGAUGUGGGGCUACUUCAAGCACCUAUAUUUAGCGAAAAAACUGAUGAUGAGGAUUCUGGCAACGAUGAGCCCGUUGAUUUAUUUUAUAACACAGAAAGAAGAGCUAGUCAAACGGAUCAAAAUUCCUCUCAAGAUUCUACACCACUAGUUUCCAGCCCUUCAGACUCACCUGAUCAAAAUCGAGCUGUAUAUUUUCAGCAAUACAAUUUUGUACCAGCAAGGUGUAACAAUGCACCAGCCAAUAAUGAUAAUGCUGUUAAUAAUGUGGAUCAGAAUAAUGACGACCCACAGCAAAACAAUCCAAAUGAUUUACGUUUGGACCUGAAUAAUCUGCAAAUAAGGCAGGAUGUUGAAAAUUUUCCACAACAUGAUGUUCUUGAAGAGGACUUUCAAAGUCCUGAAGAAGAUUCUGGACCAGUUGAGGAAGCAGAACCGGAUAAUCAUGAAUAUGCUGGAUUGUUUCAACCCAUGAGAAAUUACGAAGCGUAUGCAGAAAAGGGUGAACCAUCAAGACCAUGGAACUUAUCAAAGAGACUAGAUUUGUUAACUAAUUAUAAACAAAUUGAGCAUAAGUCUAUCAGUGAACCAGGCCUUGUUGAAAGGUUGCCACCUGAAGUUCUUUUGGCAGUAUUUUCUCAUUUAGAUGAUGUUAGUCUUUGGUGUGCAGCAAAUGUUUGUCGAAGAUGGUGCAAUUUAUUGUCUACCCAUAUAACUCCAGAUUUGUGGCAAAGACACGUUAAAUUGAGAUGGCCUUUGUUCAAACCAACAAAUGGAAUGGUUGGAAAUUGGUAUAAGGCCUAUGAUAGACUUGCAUCUUCGGCUCCAUGUAAAACAUGCUUAUCUCAGACUUCUUUGCAUCGCACACGGCCUCCUAAAGUUGAAGAAAACUCAUGGAGGAGAAAUAGAUUACGAAUUGAAUUAAAAGGUUUAAGAAGUGACCCACCUGAAGGCAUAGAAGCAACCCCUCUCGAUCAAAUGUGCUGCCAUUGGCAAGCAACAAUUACAGGACCAGCUGGUAGUCCAUAUGAAGGAGGUGUCUUCUAUCUCUAUCUUCAAGUACCAUACAGUUAUCCAAUGAGACCACCAGUGGUAAGAUUUUUAACAAAAAUACUUCACCCAAAUGUUUCUAGACAUGGGGAUGUUGGAAUUGAUUCGAUACAUCAUAAUUGGUCUUUAGCAUUGACAAUAUCAAAAGUUCUCAUCAGUGUUCAAAGUUUACUUACAGAUCCUUAUUGUCAGGUUUGUAUGGAACCUGAAUUAGGUGAAAUGUAUAUGAAUGAUAGAGCAAGGUUUGAAGAAGUAGCACGAGCAUGGACAUGGAAGUAUGCUAUGCAUAAUGUUCUCGAACCUUCCUAGUUUGAGAAAAUAUUUGUGCAAAAUUAAAAAUUGUGAUGCGUACGAAAGGUUCCUAGAAAAUAGUGCUAAUCGUACGGCUUGUUAAGCGAGUUGUCUGCUACCCAGAGAAAAUAAUAUUUUAUCACGAAAUUUGUUUUUAAAAAUAUUUAAUGCAAUAUAUUUAACAUAAAAAGAGCUUCGAAAUACUAAGUUUUUGUUUGCAAAUCAUAUGCUCUUCAGUUUCAGACAUCCAUAAUUAAUAUGUUCACAAAUAUAUUAGAUGAAUUAUCAAAUGAAUGUUUUUAGUAAAAAAAGAUUGAAUAUAUUAAUUGUAUACUUAGAAGGCUUUAGUCUACAAGUGCGAGCAAAUAACACAAUGACUUUUAUACAUACAUACAUAAAUUGUUUUAAUUAUUGUCUUUAGGCGCAUAAAAUAAUAUGCCUAUUAUAUUUUCAUUUCGAUAUAUUUUAUUUUUGUCUAGUAUGUAAAUAGAUAUUCUUCACAUACAUACUGUUAUCAUAGAAGAAUCCUCUCUUAUGUUAAGAAAACUAUUUUGUAAAUUUAAAUUCUCUUAUAUUUUUAAGAUUCCCCUGUAUUUUCUUAAGAGUAUUUUAUAAAACUAAUAUGAAAUAAAAACAAUGAUUAUUCCAACUUGCAUAUAUAUUUAUUUUAAACAUAUAUAAUUUGACACAUUGUUAUUACCUGUAUAAAAUUCUCUAAAGCUUUACUUACUAAAGCUUUGAAAACCUAAUUAUUUAUCAAAUCAAAUGAAUUAUAAAUUAAAAGAAGUUUGUAAAAUUAAUUGACUUGAUAUACAUGGUAAAUACAUUUUAUUCAUUUAUAACUUAAGUAUCGACGUUUCAUUCGGAUCAAGAGAUAAAAAACUAUUAAACACUAAGUAAUACGGUCGACAUGAAUUGCUUAUAUUAAAAUGUGUAUCAAAUAAUAACACAACAUGAACUAUAUCAACAAGUAAUUGGUCAAAAAAUGAGGAUAUAAAA